CUUUGUAGAAGGUACAUACUGUGUUCUGCUGUUUAGGAGACAGAUAUGUGGAAGGAUAAAGUGCUCGUAUCUGUGGUGUUUGUAACGUGCGUGGUGAUUAUAAAAUGCCAGUUCUUCGACUGUCACGAUGAUCCAGGGUUCAGUCCUGAUGAGGGGCCUCUGUCGGAACUCCAGUUUACUUGGCUUGGUGCACUGCAGUAUAUACAUGUGAAGAACGGCACUCCUCAUUUCUUCAGAGUGCCGCGCGUGAUCCUCAUCAGCCGGCAGUUCGUGCUGUCCACCGCCAUCGACGCAGCGCAGGUACCUGCCGGAUAUGCACUUGGCAACGUGAUCUUCGGCGACUACGAGAGAGAUGAGGUGGAAUGUAAAGUGUCCAUAGACGAUAUAGCGGCCGGUACUGAGUGUGAGCCUGCGAUACUGCUGAUGCCCAUAGCCGAUGUACUGCUACAUCCUGAGUACAAGCAUUUCGGAGCCAAGUACAGCGUGGCGCUGCUCAAGCUGAUCACGCCUGUUAAGUCAAAAUACAUGCUACCAGCUUGCCUGCCAUUCAAGGACUAUCUCAUGGACAAGAAUGGAAAACUGACCAAACAGAGACUGUACCACAUCGAUUUUGCCACUGAUGUACCCAGAGACUUUAUAGAAGAAGAGAAAGAUGUUCAGAGGGUGACUAUACUGCCGAGGGAAAUUUGUUUUCUCUAUAACAAAAUAGAUAACGCGACCAAGUUGACUCAGAACCGCGUGGCCUGUACGACUGGGUGCGGGUUCCACUCCGGCGCACCAACCCUGGUGCACGAGCACACCGGCCACUGGUCUAUAGUCUCCUUGUCUCAUGGUGGGUCACCCUGCCCGGAUCCCCUGCGCUCCCGCCGCCCUCCACCGCCGCCGCACCACAUCGUGAUCCAUCCCUACGUGCCGUGGAUCACUGCUGCUAUUACUGGGAAGGCUGUGGGGGCUUUCGCUAAGGAUGAUCCUUUCGGUUUCAUCAUGCCCAGAGCUUCCAUCUACGACCUGAUUGCCCACGGUUGGGUGGGCCACUGGUGGAUGGGCGGGCUCCGGUGCUACGACAGAGGAGAGGCCGCCGAAGACCUGUUCAAGUUCUACCACGAGAUAUUCCAGAUAAAACCGGUUACCGAGACCUUCCUUACUUAUUAUUUGGAGAUCGACGCUGCCAAAGACACGCUGAUCAUCUGCGUGAAGGUCGGCAUGCCGUACCAGCUCGGCCAGCCCCGAGUGUGGGAGCUCGACAGUCCUACUGUUAAGGUCCGCAUCCCAAUGAUAAGGUUUUACGAUACAUACAAGUUCCAAGUGGAAGCUUGGGGCUACAAUUCUACGGAAUCUGAUGAGUCUACGAAGGAGACUAGCGAGUCCAGUGAGGAGGAUAGGAGAAGAUUGAUGAACCACAGGAUUUGAAGGGAGAAAAUGGUGGAAUAGAGUGUCGUGAGUUCAGUGCAUGUCGUGUAUUAAGCCUAAAUAAUUUAACACGGUUUUGUUAGGUCUUGUAAUAAAAUCUAAGAAUCUGAAUUAC